AGAAGUAGAAACGAACUCGGACUAAGAAACGGGAAACAUUUCUCUUAAGCACGUAGUGCAACUGGACAGUUCACUGCUUGCUUAGCCAUCGAAAAAGCUUGUUCUCUAAAAUCGUGAGCUAUCAAACUUGUUUGUUUCUGUAAGACUGUCACGGCCAUCUUGCCGGGGGUGGGGGGGGCGAAAUCACUCUGCUCCAGAGGAGCAGCUGCGUUUGCAGGGCGGGGUUUGUAGAAUGCCGCCACGUCCACUUCAACUCUGCGGUUCAGUCCCCUCUGCAGGUCUCCCCACGCCACGACGGGCCCCGCCCCCUCCGGGUCCCAGGCCCUCGACCUUCCUUCAGGUCCGGAGCUGCGCAGAGAAGCCACUGCCAGCUCCGUAGGGAGGACACGGCCCACCAGAUCAGCUGUGCAGAGACUUCGGGGGCCGCACGCUCCCAGCCGGCAGCUCCCGGGGCAGCAUGAGCGUCGGAACGACGCGCUCAUCUCAGGACCCCUCGUGGCUACCAGCGCCACUGACUGACGGCCCCGCGCUCGAAUCACAACCCCGCCGCUACCUCCCUGCCCGCGCCGCUGGGGCCAGGGUCGCAACCGCGCUCCCUGGCUGGGCUGCCCUGAGUGGGAGACGCUGGACUAACGCGUGCAGCCCUACCCGCCCUGCGCCGGCCGACUCGAGCAGGCAGCGGCGUGGGCAGCCGGGUGGGGACCUGCGGGGAGUGAGGCGCAGGCAGUGACGCGAGCAGCCGACGGCGCAGGCAGUGACGCGAGCAGCCGACGGCGCAGGACCCGCUCUUCUAGGAGCGGGCGUCGCGGCGAUGUUGUGGUCACGGCUGGUGGCGGCCGAGUGGGCGGCUCUGGCCUGGGAACUGCUGGGCGCCUCGGUACUGCUCAUCGCUGUGCGCUGGCUGGUGCGGCGUCUGGAGAAGCGGCCGCGGGGCCUGGGCCGGAGCGGUACAUCCACUCCGCAGCCCCACCCGGCCGCAGCCCCCAGCCCAGGUAACCUGACAAUGGAUGCUGUGUUGGCUCAACUGAAACUCCUGAAUCCGGAUGACCUUAGAGAAGAAAUUGUCAAAGCUGGGUUGAAAUGUGGACCCAUUACAUCAACUACAAGGUUCAUUUUUGAGAAGAAAUUGGCUCAGGCUUUACUAGAGCAAGGUGGAGCUCUGCCUUCCUCUCUUCCCAGCCACAGUGAGGUGGCUGCCGCAGUGCUGAGCCAGGACACGCCAAGGAUCUCCACGUCUAUAGGAGGGAAUAUGACUGAGCAGGCCAGGUUUCCUGAAGACAGAGAUUUUGGUUACAGUGUGGGCUUGAACCCUCCAGAGGAGGAGGCUGUGGUAUCCAAGGUCUUUCCAGUGCCCUUCAGUCCCUCCAUGGGAAUCGACACCCACAGGGCCGGAGUGACAGCCCCGAAGGAGCCAGCCUUGUACUAUGGAGUGUGCCCCGUGUACGACGAUGGCCCUUUGAGAAAUGAAAAGAUCCAUGUUUAUGAAGAUAAAAAGGAAGCACUGCAAGCUGUCAAAAUGAUCAAAGGGUCCCGGUUUAAAGCUUUUCCAACCAGAGAAGAUGCUGAGAAAUUUGCUAGAGGAAUUUGUGAUUAUUUCCCUUCUCCAAGCAAAGCUGUAUCACCACUGUCUCCUGUGAAAGUAGCACCACUCUUUAGCAGUGGUGGGUUGAAAGAUGGUUUGUGCUUGUCUGAAUUGGAAACAGUAAACAAAGAGCGAGCAAACAGUUAUAAAAAUCCCCGUACACAGGACCUCACUGCCAAGCUGCGGAAAGCUGUGGAGAAGGGGGAAGAAGACACCUUUUCUGAUCUUAUCUGGAGUAACCCCCGAUACCUAAUUGGUUCUGGGGACAACCCAACCAUUGUACAGGAAGGAUGUAGGUACAACGUCAUGCAUGUUGCUGCCAAAGAGAACCAGGCUUCCAUGUGCCAGCUGACAUUAGAGACUCUGGAGAACCCUGAGUUCAUGCGGCUCAUGUACCCAGACGAUGACAUUGAUAUGCUGCAGAAGAGGAUUCGCUACAUCGUCGACUUGUACCUUAACACUCCGGACAAAGUG